GCUCCGAGGCGGUGCCCGGGGAGGCGCAUCCCGGCGAGGGGCAGCCCGGCCCCUUUUCCCUGGCGCAUCUCCCGGCCCUGGAGCCGCGGGAGGAUGAAGCAGGCGCUGGUGGACGACACCGAGGAUGUGUCCCUGGAUUUCGGGAGCGAGGAGGAGCUGGCGCUGCGGAAGGCGCGCAUCAGGCACCCACUGGCCACCUUUUUCCACCUGUUUUUCCGAGUGAGUGCUAUUGUUACCUACUUGUUCUGUGACUGGUUCAGCAACAGCUUUGUUGCCUGUUUUGUCACUAUUCUCCUCCUUCUAUCCUUUGACUUUUGGUCAGUCAAGAACGUGACAGGAAGACUCUUGGUUGGUUUGCGUUGGUGGAACCAGAUUGAUGAAGACGGAAAAAGCCACUGGGUGUUUGAAGCAAAAAGGGUGCCUACAAUUGCUGCCUCAACUGAAGCUGAAGCCCGAAUCUUUUGGCUUGGUCUCAUCAUCUGCCCCGUGAUUUGGACACUGUUUCUCUUUAGCACCUUGUUCUCCUUGAAGCUGAAAUGGCUGGCUCUCGUGAUAGCUGGGAUCUCCCUGCAGACUGCUAAUUUAUAUGGCUACAUCCACUGCAAAUUAGGGGGACAAAAAACCAUCAGCAGAGUAACUUCGAGGUUGUUUGGCACAGCAGAUGUUCCCCAGAGGCAGAGCAGGAGGAUUUCAGAAGAUGGAACUGAAGAACAUGGCAAGACAGUCCCUAGGUAAUCAAACAAGGAAGAACUCAAAGGAUGAGCAGUAAAACUACUAAUUAAAGCUGUUCUUCACAUGAAGAUAUUUAAAUAAAGCUCUUCUAGAAUUAUGCCUGCAUGAAAUAAUGUCAUCUGUGUUUGAGUCUUUAGAUCCUGAAAGGUUUACAGCCUUUGUAACCUAAAAGCUUCCCCAAAAAUGAUUUAUACAGAGCACGCUGCUUCCACAAAAACUAACCAGAAACUGCUGGAUUAUCUUAGCCAAGAAUUAAAUGUAAUGAAAAGACAAUGCUAAGUUGUUUAAUUUUGGAACUACAACAGACAAAAUCAAUCUGCC